CGCUACCCACGGUGCACGCCCCCUCUUUUCCAUCUUCAACUCAACCUCUACAUCAAGUGCUCUCCGCUGCUGCUUUUCGGGACUUUAUUGUGCGCUGAUUGAAACCGGGCCGAUUUGUGCAGCCGCGUAAAAGGAGCGAUCCGACUAAAAAUUCCCGUUGCGUGCGCUCUCCGGGCUUCUUGACCCACCGCUCCUCUGUUUAUCACCUCUGUGCCUGUCGAGAACAUUGUGUCCUUACUGGGAGGAAAAUGACAGCCAAGCAUCGGAAAGGGAAAAGCAAUCACAAACAUGAAGAUAACUUCUUCAAAAAUGAAAUUCUGGAGUCAGAAGUUCGCGCAGGGGGGAAUAAUUACACCCUGCUGCUGGUUUUAUAUCUUAUUGUUGUGAUUGGAGGUCUCACUGGCGCAUGGUUCUGUUUCCAGCAGCACCAAACUUUAACCUACUUGACAGACAAUCUCAUGGGUUUGCAGAUGAAGAUAGUGAAAUUACAAUCCUCUCACGAAGAAGUAAGACUGUCGAGUGGCAAGCAGCAGAUUUCAGAGAGCCUGGAGAGUCGCCUAAAUUCACUGGAGGAGUCGUACUCACUGGCCCAGAAGCAGGUGGGCAUGGCCUUGGCUACAGCCGAACAGCUCAAGACAUCCGACCUUCCUGCUCAAGUGUUGUCGCUCCACACUGAGAUGAAAACUCGCCUGGCUGAGAUGCAACAAGCUACUGUGUCUGUGGAGCAGCUGAGCCAGGUCCAGACCGUGCUGAAUGGGAAGAGCGAAGACUUUGAGGGUCUCAGGCUUCAGGUGGAGGCGCUGGCUGCACUGAUCGCCGAAUUAUCGCAGAAAGUCGAGGUCUUAGCAGGGAGCCUGGGAGAAGCGAAUUCGAAACUGGAGGAUAAGUCUGGAGAGGUGGCCAUGCUGACUGAGGCUCUGGAUGGACAGGCUGCUGAGGUGCUCAGAUUGAAGGAGCAGCUGGACGUCUACCAGGGUCAUGUGGAGGCCAGCACCCCGGAGGAAACCACUGUCAGUGAGUUACCUGAUGCUGAACUGUCACCACAGCCCGAUGUGGAGGAGCAGCUCGAUGCGCCAAUGGAGGAAAGUCCAACUCCUGCUGAGCCUGAACUGACUGAAGAAGAAACAUCUCCAGAAGCAAGUGAAGAAGAAGAAAAUCUUGGUGCAACAGAUGAAGAGGUAACUGAGGCCGAGGCAGAAGAGCAAGGAGAGGUAACUGAAGAGGAAACAGCUACACAAGAGGAAGCUCCAGUUGAAGAGGAAUCUGCACCAGUAGAAAGCGCCCCUGCAGAGGAGGAGGUGGUUGAUCAGGUUGGACAGGAUUUGACUGGUGUUGCAGAAACAGAGAAGGUUGAGGCAACAGAACCAGAAAAGGAGGGUGUAAAUGUUGAAGAGGAGCUGCCUGUAGAGGAGGCAAAGCUGGAAGAAGACGACCAGAAAGCAGAGGUAGAGGUUCAGGAGGAGAUCCAGGAGGCAGCAGUAGAAGAAGAGGUAUCGGAAAAGGAGGAAGCACCGGAGGAGUCGACACCAGAGGAUGACCACAAAGUAGAAGAAGAAGAGGCAGUGGAGGAGUCUGCUCCAGAGGAAGACAAAGCAGAAGACGAAAUGGCAUCUGAAGGAGAGACUGAGACAGAGGAGAAUCUUAAAGUAGAAGAGGUGGAAGAACAACUAGAUGUAGCAGAUAAAGAUGAGGGUCACAGUGAAGAUGUGCCAGAGGAGGAAGAGGGGAACGAACCAGUAGAAGAUGUUUUACCAAAUGCUUUACCAGAGGAUGAAUAGUGCAUGUCACUGGAAAGGACAUUCUACCACAUCGGACAUAUCAGCAAAAAAAAAACAGGACUUAGACUUUCUCAGUCUAGAGCCUAUACACUACAGUAUGGCAAAUAGGAAGGCAUUGUUUUUGAUUAGGUAUUUAUUUAGGUACAACAUUCACGAUGCGGUUGCUCUUUUAAAGGCACAUCUGGUCAGAAGAAAUGUCACUAUGCUGGAGUCGAAGCCAAGAUGUACCUCAAAACUGUGUCUCGCAGGUUAUGAAUAAUCCAAGGUUCAGCUGCUAAUAACAACCUCAGAAGCCUUAAUCGAUAACGUCUGUCUUUCUACAGAGCUUUUUUUUCCACACUCCAAAAAUGUGCACUUUUUGGUAGGGUUAGAUUCUGUACAUUUAAUAGGAAACUGAAAGCCAAUGCAUACACCAGUAACAUAUGCACUUGAAGCCAUAAGUAAUGCCUGUUUCGGUGGCGUCAAAAUGUUUCUUUUUGUCACUGCCUGAAAUUUAUCACAACACAGUGUUUUCGGAGGGAAAAAUCAAGAUUCAGAGAGAAAUUUAGCCUUAGUGUUUACAUAGGCAGAAGUGCCAAUAAAAGAGCUAGCAUAAAAAGCAAAAAUGUCUUCAACAAGUUACGAAAGGACAAUUACUGGAUGUUUUUAAAGUAUAGGACAAGUUUUAGUUGGUAGAUUUUUUUUUUUUUUUUUUUACUUUGUAAUUUGCAGGUUUAUGGUUUUAAUACAUGUUAAAACUGGAGGAUUUUAAAGAUAAGGUUUGGAUAAUUUUUUAUUAUUUGCACUUUUUUAACUGAUUGCAAUUAAAACCAGACAGAAAACACCUGUAGGUUACAGUGGGGCUGAAAAACUGGAACUAAUACCAAGAAACAGCUUUGUCAUUUAUUAUUACUUUUCUAUGUAAAUAAUACAUUAAUUUUCAUUCUGCAUAUCAUUAUUUCAUAUACACUAAAGCUUUGUGAUUUUUAACAUGGGGUUAAACUUUAAGUUGCACAUUUCAACAAGUAAUUUUGAUCCCAAAUAAGAUCAUGAAGAAAACAUGUCUUUUUUCACAUUUCUGGCUGAGAUCAUAAGAAAAGCUUUAACAUUUCAGCCAGUCUUCACAGUUAAAAUCUGAGUCUUUACAGAGCAAAGAGAAAGAUUUUGGAAAGAAGCAGGUUGGUGCAGCUGGAUAUGAGACAGGAGUCAGACAGCAAUGGAAUUGCACAGGUGGGAGUUUUAUUGGACCUUUUUGUUAUAAUCUGUGUAGCUGACAGCUGGACAGUGGCCGUGAGGGUGGACUGAUGAAAUGAUUGAAGUCUAAAGAAGAGCAAGGCCUUCCAUUCUUCAUGGUUUCUCCACUAUACUCUGUGCUGUCUGUUUGGAUGCUCUUAUAGAAGUAAGACCACAGACGGGUGAUAAAGCGAUCUGUUCCAUGAUGACAACACCACUAUCCAUAAGGACUCUCUGGUGUCUUGAUGAGUAUAAAUACAUUAAUUGUGCCGUGUCCUUAACCCAGCUACAAAUCUGACAGAUUUUGGGGGAAAGUGUUAAAACACCACUCUCCACUAUCAGCAAACACCAGAUGAGGGAAUAUCAUCUGGAAGAAAAGUGCAGAGUCAGUGCCAAGGUGCCUUGAAGCUGUUCUGGCAGCACAGCUUCAGUUCACUGUACUUAAUGUUGGCUUUUCCUUUUAAUUUGUCACCCGUCUGUAGAGGGCACUGAGCAACUGCACACCUCUGAAAAGGCCUUAGUGCAAAGUAAUGUUCCAGAUGUACUCCAAGACUGAAUUUGUUCAUCCUUGCUCCAUGUUUUACCUUUCCACAGAGUUUUCUGAUGCAGUGAUACUGUGAAUCUUAAAUAAUAAUUCAGUGCAAGUGAAUAACACAAGAUAGAAUAUUUAUUUAAAAUCUUUUUUCAUUUUUCCAUUUUAUUCCUUAUGAAUGAUAAAACUGAGUUCUUGGUAGUAUAAUAAGACUUUUGAGCACCACUGUACAUUUUUAAUGAUAUAGACAUACAUUUACAAGAUGCACUGUUUUCACCAAGGCAUUGGUUAUUGUCAAUAUGAUGCUUCUUAUACUGUCAUGUUUUUAAAAUAAACUCUGGUUCUUUCA